ACACAUUCACUGGACACUGCUGUAAGCCACAACCAUGAUAAAAAUAUCAAAUAAACAAUCAUACAAAACGCACGGCAGCAGGAAUAAAAAAGUUCCUAAAACGUUCAAUGGAACAACGGGGCGUUAACAUUCGCCCGAGAUCCUUAAAAACCUGGUGAAGGGGUGAUCCUCCAGAGAAGUAACUGUCUUUAGGUUCCUCUUCUUCUUUUGUCCAGGAUCGUGUCAAACGAGUCCAGGCGUUGCCCAACCACUCAGCCAGAUAUUGUUGAUCCUGUUUUUGUCCUCAGCAGUGAGGCUCCUGCCCCAACACUACACAGCAAAAAACAACAUGGGGGCGACGGUGGCUCGCCCCGUAAUCGGAAGGUUGCAGGUUCGAGCCCCGCUCAGUCUGUCGCUGUCGUGUCCUUGGGCAAGACACUUAACCCACGCUGCCUGCUGGUGGUGGUCGGAGGGACCGGUGGCGCCAUGGCUCGGCAGCCUCGCCUCUGUCAGUGAGCCCCACGGCAGCUGUGGCUACAUCGUAGUUCAUCCCCACCAGGGUGUGAAUGGGUGAGUGACUGUGUUGUAAGGCGCCUUGGGGGGUUCCAGGACUCUAGAAGGCGCUAUAUCAAAUUCAGACCAUUUACCACACUGGCCAUGAUCCCCUGAUAACACACAUUCAAGAGCCUCCUACUUAUAUCACAGGACCUCAGCUUCCUAAGAAAAAACAGUCUGGACUGGGUCAUGCCCCCCCACUUUUUCCAAAGUCAAGUUUUGACCCCUGCACUUUUUACCACCCAAAAACAACAUUCAUUCUUCGGGAAGUGGUUGGGACUACCAAGAUGCCAGUCAGAUGUAGGUCUCUUCGGCAAAAACACACCUCAGCUGCUGCUAAGAUCCAAAGGUUUGGGAUAUAAGCAGGCGAAGUCCAGGGGCCUCGUUUAUCAAGCUAGCUUACGCACAAAACGGGGUCGGAAAACUGCGUAAGCAACUUUCCACGCAAACUUUGGGAUUUAUGAAAGAAAACUUCGCUGAAAAAUGUGCACAACUUUAAGUUGACUAAGGACCUGGCUUACACACAUGCUGGACAUGGAGAACACCUGCAGUGCUGCUGCUGAGAAGAUACAAUUAUGAAAUCCUGCAGCAUUAUCACUUGUACCGCUUCAUUUUCACACAGAACAAGACCCCCCCCCCCCCCCCACACACACACACACGCAUGCAUACACACACACGCAUGCAUACACACACACACACACAGCCUGAAGCGCAGAAUACAGAAUGCAUAAUACCAGCAGGGGGGCAGAUUGAGACAGAACAUCAUGCGUCUGUGACGGUGUGUGUCCUGCCACUGUGUCCCGAUUGAUCAUGCACCCUGGCUACUUGGAUAAGGGAGAUCUCCGUUUGGGUGACUGGUUAGCGUGUGUGACUUUCGCCCGGGAGUCUGGGGAAUGAAUCCUGAUUGGACCAUUUUUUAUAUCCGCCACAGAUCUCUCUGAAGAAGUCAGCAUUGACGGCUUCAGCAACGCUGUGCCACUCCGUGGAUUUUCUCUUAUUUGUUUUGCAAAAGCACUUCCUUUCAUUUCUCCACCUCACCCACAGCUACCUCAACUUCUGCUUCUUUGAAAUUGAGCUUCCUUGAUCUGCCUUGAUCUACGGUCGCCAUGUCUAACCCUAACCCUAUGACACCCUACCAUGUCCCAGAAACCUCCACCGGUGGUUUGGGGCCGAGGAGGCGGCAACAGUAACACAAGCCUACAGCACAUCCUGUCAGGCUGCAAGACAGCGUUGUCCCAAGGUUGCUAUAGAUGGCGGCAUGAAGCUGGCUGAGGUUGUGGAGACAUGCAGACAGGAAGCUAACAGCAGACCUGCUCCAGUGCAAUGGGAUAAGGAGGAAGGAAAGAGGUUGGGGGGGACAAACAUCGAGGACACCAACGGGGUGAUGGGUAGAGAUCCCUGCCAUUGCUCUGCCACCAGGAGAUGUACUGGGGUUAAAGGAGUGAAACAUCUAUGACUGGUGGUGACCCGUUUAUGCCCGGAGAGGAUUGUAGAGGGGUAGAGGGGCACCAGCACCGGGCAAAGGCACCGGCGAAGGGUGCGUCAGGCAGGUAGAGCACCAACCUGUAUCACAAGUGAUCUCUUGGUAAACUCUGGGUUAGAAUAUUUUAUGUCUGCAUUUAAAGAGAUACUUUGCAACCUUUUCAUAUUUUUUAAUCAUUUUUUUGAGCGAGGAUGUGCUAAAAUGAUCCUGUACAGGAACAAUGAAAGGCUAGGAUCCCCACAGGAUCACCAGAACUGGACCAGAAGAGACUGGAAAACCUUUCCUGCUCUGAUCUGGAUUUCAGCUGUCUGGUCAGGGGGAGGUGUUCCUGUCCCACUCUGGACCCCUCAGUCCCACCUGAGCCUGGUUUAAACACCACAGCCUACCUGAGCUUGUAGCUGACCAUGCCGUCCCUUUAUGACCACAUUCAAUUCAACUGAAGUUUAUUUAUAAAGCGCCAAAUCACAGCAAGAGUCGUCUCAAGGCACUUUGCACUGUAAACACUCCAAUACAGGUCAGCUCAAUCAGUUCGGUUGGUUCAGUCAGCCAAUCAGUAACAAGUUUCCUAUAUAAGGAACCCAGCAGGUUGCAUCGAGUCACUGACGAGUGUCAGAGUCUUUACAGCAAUCCUCAUACUGAGCAAGCAUGCAGCAACAGUGGAGAGGAAAACUCCCUUUUAACAGGAAGAAACCUCCAGAGGAUCCUGGCUCAGUAUAAGCAGCCAUCCUCCACGACUCACUGGGGAUCGAGAAGAUGGAGCAGACACACGCACGCACACACACACACACACACACAUCCUUUGUUAUUCUAACCUGUUCUGUUCAUAACGGUUUGUCAGAAUAAAGAUGAACGUGUUAAAAUAGCUAUGUUGAAGGCUAAAACCAGCUCUUUAAUGUUUAAUUGGACACGUUUUUUGGUACGUCCUCUGUGAACGUGCUCCAUUCCACACCUCAGAGUUCUCACUUAAACAUCAGCUCAGGUGUUCAAAGGUCGUCUCACCUGUGGGAACAGCCGACUGUGUAAUCGAACCAUUAUAGAUGUGAAACACGAGCCUGGUGGUAUGGUUUAGUGGGACUCUGAGGAGUUUGGCUGCACGGUUUGUGGCUCUGCAGACACAGCUGUCACUGUUUCCCUUCAGGAUGACUGAUUCUGGAUCUGCUGUUUUCAUAAACAGUCAGAAAAUAAACACAUCCCAGCUGCGUGGCGGCGUCGGCGCACUUAAAGCUUGGUUAAUGAGCCUUUAACAGAGAAACCCAAACCCUUCAUUAAAUCUUUAAGGCGUCUGCUGUUCUCGUGUGGGUCUCUGGUAGCAGCGGGAGUGAGAGUGCUCCGCGGCUCUUUUAGUGACGUUUGUUCUCUGAAAACGAGAAUGCAGUCAUUACACCGUUCCAAGUAGAGCCAAGCCUCUGGAUGCUGUGUCCUCGUCACAGUCUAGACCCGAUAUCAACCCACCUGGGCCGAGUUUCAUCUCCUCAAACCUGCUAAUGACUUAUUAAAAAUCAUCUGUUACAGAAGAACAAAGCAGCCAAUAUCAAUUAGCCACAGUGGAACGACCAUCUUUGGUUUCAACAAAUUGCUGCACUUAUCCAAAAAGACCUGUUGAUACCUGCAGCAGUCGCCAUGGUAACGGAACGUUAGAUACCCGAGUUGGGUGCUGGCAAGGAUCCGAGGCAGAGCAGACCGAGCGCGCUCAGAGGACAGAGCACUUUUAAAUUUCCAUCAUGCCGAGAAAAAGGGACGUCGAUGAAGUCGAGGUCGAGAUAGAUGAAGACAGUGACAGUGAUGAUGGUAGGUCCAAAAGGAAACCAAACAGACGACAAGGAGCCGGAAGAGGAGGAGGAGGUGCGAGAGGAAGAGGCCGAGGCAGAGGCAAAAAACAAGACAGUGAUGAUGAGGAAGAAGAGGCUCAACGGGGACGAGGAAGAGGAGCAAACAAGAGAAAACCGGCUAAGAAAAAAGGUGGCAGCGACGAUGAUGACGAGAGUGAAGAUGAGGCUCCUAAGAAGAAAAAAGGAGGUGCUGCCAAAAAGAAGAAAGGAGGCAAAGCUCAGGACAGUGACGAUGACGACAGUGAUGACGAUAAACAAAAGAAGGGAAAGAAAGGAGGGAAGAAAGGAGGGAAGGAUGAAGACAAUGGGAAGGAUAAGAAAGGUGAUGCUAAAGGAAAAGACAAGGAUGAUGACAAAAAGAAAAAGAAGAAGAAAGGUGACAGUUCAGAUGAUGACGACUCAGACGAUGAGGAGGAGGAGGAGUCCAUGUCGGAGGGAGAAAUGGCCCGGCUGAUGGAGGAAGUGGAGGAAAAGAAGAAGCUAAUCGCCAACAUCAGGACCAAGCCUUGGCGGAUGCAGCGGAGGCUUGUUGUCCUAAAGGAAGCCCAGGAGUUUGUGGAUAAGUUUGAAGGAGCUCUGGGCAAAGGAAAAGGCAGGAAGUGGUACGCCUACAAAGUGAUGAUGAUGAAGAAAUGGAUAAAGUUUCAGAGAGAUUUUGAGAAUUUCAGAACCGCUUGUAUUCCCUGGGAGAGGAAGAUCAAAGAGGUGGAAAGCCACUUUGGAUCAUCUGUGGCAUCAUACUUCAUCUUUCUGCGCUGGAUGUACGGCAUGAACCUUGUUCUCUUUGGACUUACCUUUGGACUGGUGGUAAUCCCUGAGGUCUUGAUGGGUCUUCCUUAUGGGUCUAUUCCCAGGAAAACUGUACCAAGAGCAGAGCAGGACACCGCUCAGGAUUACUCCGUCCUCAUGGACUUUAAUGGAUACUGUAAAUAUUCAGUCCUGUUUUACGGAUACUACAACGACCAGAGGACUGUUGGCUUGCUGAAAUUCAGGCUGCCCCUGUCCUAUCUCAUGGUGGGAAUCGGUAGCUUUGGCUAUAGUUUGAUGCUCGUGAUCCGCACAAUGGCAAAGAAUGCUGAUGUUGGUGGUGGUGAUGGUGAGGAAGGAGAAUUCACUUUUGCCUGGAAGAUGUUCACCAGCUGGGAUUACCUCAUUGGCAAUUCCGAAACAGCGGACAACAAGUACGCCUCGAUCACCACCAGCUUCAAGGAGUCCAUUGUGGACGAGCAGGAGAACCAGAAAGAUGAAAACAUUCACCUGCGGCGGUUCCUCAGAGUCUUGGCUAACUUUCUAAUCACCUGUAGCCUCGGUGGGAGUGGCUACCUCAUCUACUUUGUGGUAAAGAGGUCUCAGGAAUUUGCCAACAGGACUGACCUCAGCUGGUAUGAGAAGAAUGAGUUGGAGAUCAUCAUGUCUCUACUGGGCCUGGUGUGUCCUCCUCUGUUUGAAACCAUUGCCGAGCUGGAGGACUACCAUCCUCGGAUUGCUCUCAAGUGGCAACUUGGACGCAUCUUUGCCCUCUUCCUGGGUAAUCUCUACACCUUCCUGUUCGCCCUGUUUGAUGAGGUCAACACCAAGCUAGAGGAGGAGGAGUCCAUUAAGAAUGCCUCCAUCUGGGCCCUGAAGGAGUACUAUGCAAACUACUCACGUAUGUUCAAUGACACGGACACGACGCCUCCACCGAUGAAUCCAGCUGAUGUCAUCAGGGGACCCUGCUGGGAAACCGCUGUUGGCAUAGAGUUUGUGAAGCUGACAGUGUCAGACAUUCAGGUGUCCUACCUGACCAUCCUGAUCAUGGACUUUGCCAGAGCUGUCAUCGUUCGCUUCCUCAACUACUGCUGGUGCUGGGACCUGGAAGCUGGAUUUCCUUCGUAUGGAGAAUUCGAUAUCAGUGGGAACGUUCUCGGGUUGGUCUUCAAUCAAGGAAUGAUCUGGAUGGGGGCCUUUUACGCUCCUGGACUCGUCGGUAUCAACGUUCUUCGUCUCCUGAGUUCCAUGUACUAUCAGUGUUGGGCCGUGAUGGCCACCAACGUCCCCCAUGAGAGAGUGUUCAAGGCCUCUAAGUCAAACAACUUCUACAUGGGUCUGCUGCUCCUCAUCCUCUUCCUGAGUCUGUUGCCUGUUGUUUACACCAUCAUGAGCCUGCCACCUUCCUUUGACUGUGGACCUUUCAGUGGGAAGAACAAGAUGUACGAUGUAGUCAUGGAAACAAUUGACCUGGACCUCCCCGCCUUCAUGGGGACCCUUUUCAGCUAUGCAGCUAACCCAGGACUCAUCAUACCAGCUGUUCUGCUCAUGGUAUUGGCCAUCUAUUAUCUAAACUCUACAUCCGAAGCCUACCAGAACUCCAACAUGGAGCUGAAGAAGAAGAUGCAGAUGGCGCGGGAUGAAGAGAAGAACCGGAGAAACAACAAGGACAGCACCAACCAGGUGUUGAAAGAUCUGGAGGACCUGCUACCAAACCGAUCCCUCGCUCCUCCUGCUCCACCAGAACCCGAAAAAGCAGCGGACGAGAGGCCCACCAAGACAAAACCAGGAUCAGCUGGUAAAGGCGUUAAUCUCCAGAAAGAUGUGGCUCUAGCUUCUCCUAACCCUAACGCUCUAGGGCCGGUAAACCGCCAGCCGGGGCCUCGAGGGCCGGGUGCUGGAGGGGGUCGGGGUCGUGGGAGAGGAGCCCCUCCCAGAUAACAUAAUGAGAAAUAUACUGGUUUCCACUGCAGGACCCCAGUAGCAAACGUGUAAAAAACACAUUUAACAUGAAUUAGAAAAUAACACGAAAAGACACAAAUAUUAGCAAACUCUUUAUGCAGCCUUCUGAAAUGUAAAUGUAUUAUUGUAAUGUGAUGCUUUUUUAACUUGUGAUGUUUGUAAUUUUAUCAUGUUUGUUGAUAUUUUCAUGUACAAAUGUCUCUUCUAUGUAAAUGAGUGAUUUACCUGUUGUUGUUGUUGUUGUUGCUGCUGCUUUUAGCUAAUUUAGCGCUAAUUAGCUCCAGCUGCUUGGUUAGAGUUAGAGUGGCUGUUUGACCUUUUCAAAAGAGAAAACUUCACCAAAGGUUACACAUUUGUCACUAAUUUGUGUCACAAUAAAAGCUGCUGAUCUAGUUCUGAUUUUGGUGUUUUUCUGCAUCUCCGUCAGGAUUAAUAAAUGAGCUAAAAAAUAAAAAAAAGAGAUUAUUGUCAUUAAGCUCAACUGGAAAAAUGUUCUGAUAAA